UAAUCGCGGCGCAAUCAUGUUCAAUCUCUAUCAGAGUCUAAACAAGAAGGACGACGGUGACGGGCAGCGGAAUCGCGAGUCGGAGGUGACCGGUCACGACAGAUUCUGUCAGCAUCGUACCGGUCACUCGAGCACCCGUCGCCGCCGCCGUGCCGUCAACCGCAGGACGCAGAGCGCCACCGAGCUAAACGCCAGGGCGAUGAGCACGGCGCGGGGCUCGUUGCGACGGGGUCGCAGCGUGAGCACGGAGGACGAGAACGAGAGCGAGGACGACAAGGGCCAGCAUCAGCUGGCGAACAAGCUGGACAAUCUGGCGCGGCUGCUCUUCAGCCGCGUGUCAGCGGCGCGGGGAUACAAGGAUCAGGGAGACGUCAACCACAGAGCAACGUGGCGCGUUAGUGGUACGCGACCGCACCGUAAUCCGUGGCUCGCGAAUCUAAUCCGCUUUUGUUGCUGCCCGAGGCGCGAUAACGCAGAGGAGUUGUCUAGGCGAACGCAAAGCCACGCGGCAUCUUUCGACGACAGGAACGGCCGUUACACGGCGCUGAAUCACGGGUCAAAAUCUGUCAGCGAGGAUGGAGCCGAGUACAUGGAAAUGGAGAAGAGAUCCCGCGAUCGUGCUUUAUCAAUUUGUCGUGACUAUAUCGGGAAAACACCGCGUUUCGUUCUCAUUAAACAGCUCAACAACAUCGGAUCGAGAGUAGAUAAGUACUGGUUCAUGGUGAGAGACACGUCGCUGAAAACGGACCGACUGUUGACUUUGGUACCGUUGAAUUGUAACUGUCCGCUGACCGUCUGUCCCUCCACCAAGGACAUCUUGAACAAUCUGUUCCUGGCCUUACAACACCCCUACGUCUGUCCUGUCUUUCACGUCGAUUUUCUGGAGUAUGAGGACCAAACGUACAUCGUCCUGGUGCAGCCCAUCAACCAGGGCAGCCUCAAGGAUCUAGUAUACGGCAUCGAGCGAAACUGCUGGAAUGAGGACUGGAUUCAUAAGUAUGCCGCGCGAGGCAAGGGACUCACGCUACCACAAGUGCAACGAAUGGGACGGCAGAUAUUGGAAUCGCUGGUGUUUUUGAAGGAACGAGGAUUUCCCACGGUGACUCAUCUCCAUUCGGGCAACGUGGUGAUUCAAAACGGGGUCGCAAGACUGGCCGGCCUGGAGAACACCCUCUUAGGUUUCACCAGUCGCAUACAUCCCAUCGUGACGUCCCGAUUAACGCACUCCACCUCGAUCGAUAUUAUAUGUUUCGGGCAUAUGCUAUUCGAAAUGUGCGCCGGCUACGAAUUAUGCACCUUCAGACCAUCUGCCGUCCAGCUAUCAGACAUCGAAAUGUAUCCGCAGGUCGUGAGAUUUCUUGAGUUGAUAUUCACGGAAUCGGAAAAUCACUUCACCAGCAUAGAGGAAUUGUUGAUCCACGAUCUCUUCCGGAAUAUCGAUCUUCGCGAGAUGCGAUGCGCGGCCGUAACUGUAUUUCGUCCGACUUUGACACCAUCUAUAAUGAGCCUGCUCGACGGUAUUAAACGGCAAGACGCCGGAAAAGGAAUUACGAGUAUCGACAGCGAGGACGCUUGGUCGCUGAACAGCUUUGAAGGAUCCUUACUCACGCAAAUAUACAACGAGCUUUCACAAACAGCUUUAUAAGAUGGGAACAAAGUCUAUAUAUAAAUAUAAAUAUAUAUAUAUUAUAUAAUAUAUACAUAUAUUUAUAUUAUAUAUACGUAUAUUUUAUCUUGAAAAAAUGCACGUUCCUAUUAUAUUUGCAAAGUGCCAAGAAAACGAUUAACCCGUUAAUUCUACCAUUUAUUAUAAUAUAAAGCGCAUGUCAUAGGAUUUGUACAAUGACGAUGUAAAGAUGAUUUAUGGGCUUUCUUCACCUUUAUCUUCGCGUUUAUCCGAUACAGAUAAAAAGAAAAUUGUAAAUCAUUAAAAAUAAUUAUUUUUUUAGUUAUAAUUCUAGAAACGAAUAACACAAUCCCUCACACACACACUCUUUAUAGAACCUGAGAAUUAUUUUAGAUUUGUAAUUAGACAUUAAUUUUAAAUUGUGAGAAUUACAAUAGAAAAAAAUCAGAUAAUAAAUAAAAUUGGGAAAAGCGUAAAUUGAGCUAAACACCA